AUGCUUCGACUGCGACGGCCGGGCGUCAACAUAACCUACGCGACGCUUCCGUCGCUGUUCUGCACGAAGCCGAAACGGCACUCCGAGUCGCUCAUCCGCAACGUCAAGGAGCACGAGGCGUCGCUCUCGCGGAGCAACUCCUACGAAGCCGAACGACGUCUUCAUCAGUUCAUGACCGGCUUCGGGAAUGGCUUGAGUCCCCUGGACACGGUCCAGAACACCCAGGUUGGUCGGGAGAAGUGAUCGUGUGAUCUGUAGAUGGGAAAGGUCUGGAGUUAGGAAAAUCUGGAAAUACGCAAGAUUUAUACAUGACGUGAGAUGAGCAUGACUGGUAACAGCCAAACCCCCCUUUAGAGCCAAGUCCCCCGCCCCUUAGUACCAAGUUCUCCCCCCUUAGUUCCAAGUCCGCCCCUUAGUACCAAGAUCCCCUUAGUGCCAAGCCCCCCUCUUAGUGCCAAGCCCCCUCUUAGUGCCAAGUCCCCCCUAGUGCCAAGUCCCGCCCCCCUUAGUGCCAUUAAACUAUAUUUUCGAAGUCUCAACCUUUGAAAAUGCCUAGUUCUGGGAAAAAAAGUUCAUAUACCAUGAAAAAUAUCCAUUUUCAGACUUUGAAGCUGCAUUUCUCGAAAAAUAAAAAAAUUUUUAGAUUGGGACUUCUAAGACCUUCGUUUGGUACAUCAAAAGCAUUCUGAAAAAAUCCGUAAAACUCCAAAACCCAAAGUAAAACUACCUCCUUGUGAGGAAUUUCAAAAACUGAAAGACCUGACCCAUGUAUGGAUGAGAUCGUGGUUGUGUGCUCUCCAAAAACGAGUUUUAUUUUAUUAGAAGCAGAUCCCGCCCCCGGGCGACGUCUCCCAACAGGCCACCGUCCUCAUCCUCCAGAGGAUCUAUCAUGAACUUAAGGUGACCGAGAAGUUUUAUGGAUUUAAAAAAGGGAGGAAACUUUCGAUGAAACCUGGCUUUCUUCAUGACGAAAUGAACCGGGAAAGUUUUAGUGACCACUUUAGGGUUUUGGCGUUUUAGUGGCCUCUAGGGGUCUGAAUCGAACUAGAACAAUGAAAACUACUAUAGUGGCCACUUAAAUAAAAAUGGCUUGAGGUGGUUUAGUGGUCCUUCAGGACUGCUUAUUUUCAAAAAAAAGUUGAUUUUUUUCGAGUUUUGACGCUUCAAAAAGCUUCAAAGAACGUUUUUUCUCCUUUUUUGUGCAUUUUGAAGGUUCAUAACUUGGAAAUCCGAUCUAUUGAAGGAUUUUUCAAAUUUUUUUCCAGGACCAGGAGGUCGUGGAUGAAUUUCCGUUGUUAGUUCGAACUUGUGAAGUUUAAAAUAAUAUAGAAAUACUUCUGAUAACAAAAAAAUUAGCCCUCUUUUCAGAUAAUGACGAAGAGGAUGAUUGAGAACGACCGAGAGGAACAGGCGGCCAAUAAUUGGAAAUUCGCGGCGAUGGUAAGAGAAAGCGAGAGACCAGGGAUUUAAUGAGGCGCCAGAGAAAGAGAGAAAUUUUUUUUUCUCUGGCGUCUCUUCGGGCCGAAGUUUAUCUCUCACCUUUCUGCUUUUCUCACUUUCUAAAUUUCUGAAGGGCUACAGAAAAAUUGUAGACAGAGCGAGAGAUCUAUUACGGUCCGAAUAGACGUCAGAGAAAGAGGAAAAGUAUUUUUCUCUGUCGUCUCCUCAAGCAAGCUGAUCUCUCAUCGUUAUACUCUUAUUAAUCACUUUAAUUUCAAAUGUAUACCGAGAAAUGUUUUAGCUAACACGAGAGACCAAUCAAGGUCAGGAGAGACGCCAGAGAAAGAGAAAACGUUUCUUUCUCUGGCGUCUCUUCGCGCCGAAGUUGAUCUCUCAUUAAUCUGCUCUUAUUAAGCUUUACCUGUGCACGGUAUCCCCAAAAACAGGGGAGGCAGAGCGAGAGACCAAUCAAGGUCAGGAGAAACGCCAGAGAAAGAGGAAACGUUUCUUUCUCUGGCCUCUCUUCUGGCCACCGUUGAUCUCUCUUUUGUUAUUGUUUGGAGGUCAGACUUCAAUUAUUUUUUACUCAAAAAAAUGCAUUUUUUUCCUACUUUUCUGAUAAACUUUCCAAAAAUCAAUAUUACAAGAUAAGAACCCAAAAAAGUCGAAAAAUCCCCCGAAAUCUUGAAAAAUUCAGGUGGUCGAUCGCCUAUGUUUAUACGUCUUCACAGUGUUCAUCAUCGCCUCAACUGUUGGCAUUUUUUGGUCCGCGCCUUAUCUCGUCGCCUAA